UGGUGAUGAGAGAGAGCUUCAUUCACACCCCAGCGUCUCUGCAGCAGCAUCAUGGUCUUCUGCUGGGGCGAUUCAUCCAGAGGACAGCUGGCUUUUCCCGGCACUGGAGGGAAUGGCAUCACCACACCGACUUCAGUCAACUUUAAUGAACAACUCGUUCAGAUCUCUUGUGGAGAACAGCACACUUUAUUCCUGACUGUCAGCGGACAGGUGCUGUCCUGUGGCCGAAACUCUAAAGGACAGCUGGGACGGUCCAAGAGCAAAGACACCAGACUGCCAGUGAAGAUUGAAGGCUUGGGAGCUGUAGCUGCAGUAGCAUGUGGACAGGACCACAGUUUGGCUCUGUGCGAUUCAGGUCAAGUGUUUUCCUGGGGAGCGGGCGGAGAAGGUCAGCUGGGCCAGAGAAACUCAGCGGCAAAAUGUCCCAAACCUGUACCAGUUCAGAUACAAUUACCUUUCCAGAUCCCAGUUGUGCAGGUGGCUUGUGGAAAUUUCCAUUCUUUGGCUCUUACCAAGGGAGGUGAAGUCCUUUCAUGGGGUCAGAAUAAAUAUGGGCAGCUGGGACUGGGGAAAUCAGUGGACCUGCAGACUGAACCUGCUCUGGUACGAUCUCUUGUCGGAGUUCCAGUCAUUCAGAUCUCCGCCGGUGGAGCUCACACCCUGGCACUGGCUCUCCCAGCUCAAGUGUUCUGCUGUGGAGCUAAUAGUGUUGGACAGCUGGGCCUUAAUAGGACUGAUGUAAAAGGCCGAUUUGCAGUAUGUGCAGUUCCAGCUCUGAGGAACUUGGGGGUGUCUUCCAUCAACUGUGGAGCGGCUCACACUGCUGUCCUCACUAAGGCUGGAGAGGUGUACACAUUCGGAGAGGGAGCUCAUGGUCAACUUGGGCACAACUCCACCAAUAAUGAGCUUCGACCCAGGAAAGUUGAGGGCCUUGAUGGACCUGCUAAACAAGUAACCUGUGGCAGCCACCACACUCUUGUUCUGAUGCCAUCCGGUGUCCUCUUCACAUUUGGCCGUGAUGUCCAAGGUAAGGCGAGUGGUGACACAGAGAACAGCCUGCAGCCAAUAAGACUCGAAGGAAACUGGAGCAGCUCAGGAGCAGGGAUACACACAGGUCCACAAGCCACAAAAAUGAAGAUAUCAUCUGGCUGGUGUUCCAACUUUCUUUUCGUCUCACAUUCCAAGACCAAUAUUCUUGGAGAGCCAAUUGGAAAACUUGAAGAGGCUCAAGUGCAGAGAUGGGUGUCAGUGUUGGAGAGCGAUAAAAGCAUCAAAGCAAUCAAAAGGGAGAUUUCCUGGACUUUUGCUACAAGUUCAAAUCUCGUCGCCUGCUUCAUUAAGGACAGUACAAAUACACCAGGAACUAUUCAGGUUGAUUUGAAUGCUGCUAGCCAGACCUUUGACCAGCUCCUGAGGAUUACCUGGAUCAAGAAUUCAAUGAUCAUCAACCAAGUGGUGAAUAUACUUUUUCAUGCUGCUCCAGUGAUGAGGUGUCCUGAGAUCUUCCUGCUUCUGCCCACAUGCUCCAUUCUUCACGAACCGCACAAUGUUAUUGAACUGGUGCUGCCGCUAGCUGUAGCCAUCACAGACCUUAAUGAGACUGCCAUGAAAAGCUUGAAGGAGUACUGGUCCUCCAUGGAUGCCAGCAUUAUGACCAAGCACAUCUGUAUGUGGAAACAAGCACUUGCCUUCCUCCUGAAGUCCAACAUGCGGCUGAACUAUAACCCUGGUGUGAAAGCAGUCCUGGAAGUCCUCAAGUUACUUUACAGAGGAAACAAAAGAGCUGAAAGAUCGAGGCAGGUUGCGAUCACUGAGUUCUACAUAGAGGAGAUAGGCACCUCGCCUCUGUUACUCCAACAGGACGUGACGCUGUGGAGGCAGAUUAAAUGGGGACAACUACUGGAGGUGGAACAGACACCUGCUAUCUUCUGUCGUUACCCAUUUCUCCUGGAUCUGAAGAGCAAAAUCAUCCUUUUAAACUACGUUGCAUACAUAACACAGAUUCUCCAUGAGUGGAUCCACAAUGAUGUGGCAGCUGGGGGGAUAUCUCAGGAGCACUACAAAUGUGAGGUUCCGACACCCAUCCUCCAGCUGAAACUGAGACGCACCGCCUUGCUCGAGGACACGUUCAGACAACUUGACAAUGCUGACCAUGACAACUUCAAAAAAGCAUUAGUGGUGCAGUUUGUAGAAGACUCCAAACUGACUGCAGUGAACAAGAAAGAUUUCUUCCUCCAUGCCUUUAGUGAGCUUUUGGCUCCUGAAUCAAGGAUGUUCAUGUACAAUGACAGUGAAACAAUGAUCUGGUUCCCUGCCAAGCCAACACAUGACUCAAAGCGAUACUUCCUGUUUGGGAUCCUCUGUGGCCUGGCCUUCUACAACAACAACAUAGUGCAUAUGCCCUUUCCUCUGGCCUUGUUUAAGAAGCUGGUCAAUGUAAAGCCCACUCUGGAGGAUAUGAUUGAGUUCAGGCCACAAGUUGGCAUGAGUUUGCGAUACCUUUUACAUGACUACAAAGAUGACGAUGCUGAGAACAUGGAUAUCACUUUCCGUGUACGUGACUCAGUGCACUGGGAUGGUGCGGAGGUGGAGCUGGAUUCCAAUGAAAGAGAAAAACUUGUGACAAGUGCUAACAAGAAGCAGUUUGUGGAAGCCUAUGUUGAUUACGCACUGAACAAGUCAGUGGAGCAGGUGUUUAAUGAGUUUAAGAGGGGAUUCUACAAAGCGUGCGAUGAAGACGUGGUGAAGUUAUUCCAGCCUGAGGAGCUCAGAGGAGCGAUGGUGGGCACAGAGGAAUACGACUGGGACACAUUCAGACAGAAUACAGCAUAUGCUGGACAGUACCAUGUGAGACACCCUACUAUCAUUGCUUUCUGGGAGGUAUUUGAGGAGUUGGCGGAUGAGCAAAAGAAAGCCUUUCUCUUGUUUCUGACGGGCUGUGAUCGGGUACCUGUCACUGGGAUGGAGCAGGUUAGGAUGACUGUGUUGGACCGUCCUAACUUCACUCAGGACCAUCUGCCAGAGUCUCUCACCUGCCACUCUCAUUUCAUGCUCCCUCCGUAUGAAAACAAGCAGCGUCUGGAGGAAAAGCUUAUCGAAGCGUUAAACCACAACCAAGGCUUUUGGAUAGAUGAUACAACAACUGGAUGAAUUGAUUUUUGAAUAUUUAGGUCAUUCAUUAUUUUAAAACUUAUUUACAGUACUGUGCAAAAGUCUUUGUCACCCUAUUUUUUAUUUUUUUUUUACUACAAACUUUGUUAUAUAUAUUAUUAUUUGAUGAUUUCUACAUUAUUGAGUCAGUACAAAAACUUUGUAGAUUUUAGAUUUUCAAACAUAAGCACAAAAUUAAAUGUUACAGCAAAAUGUUUGCAUGUCAGUAAAGAAAGCGGCAUACUAAGUGCUAAGAGACACUUUUCAGACAAAAAACAUAAUGAAGGCUGUUGGGUUUUGCUGCAAAAAUAAGAAGCGAGUGCGACAGUCAAAGUCUCCAGAAGAACCGUGUCUGGUUCUGUAAGAUGAGCAAUAAAACUUGUGGCUGAUUUCCUUAUAAAACUGCACUAAUUCUACCUGAGACUACUAUUUUUUUUUUUAAAGGAAAGGGUCGUCACACCAAAUAUUGCCUUUGUUUCAUUUAUUACUGUUUACUGCUCUUUAUAUAAUUUUUUUUAAAAAUGGAAAACCAUUUAAUUGCAUUAUUUUGAAGGCAUCUUUGCUCUACAGCAUUUCUUUGCAUGUGCCUAAGACUCUUGCACAGUACAACAUAUAUAUACUCUCCUCUACAACAUAUAUAUAUAUAUAUAUAUAUAUAUAUAUAUAUAUAUAUAUAUAUAUAUAUAUAUAUAUAUAUAUAUAUAUAUAUAUAUAUAUAUAUAUAUAUAUAAUUUCUUUCUUCUUUCUUAACAGUCUGCUAUUAUAUUAGGUUGCUAACCAGCCCUGACUUACUGCGAUUUCAAAUAACGAGCACUAGUUUUCUUGUUGUGCGUGAAUUACAAAGAAUAUUUGUGUGAAUUACACAAAUGGGAAGGAAACAGUAUGUCAGUUAGAUUCUAGCAUUUAACAUUUGUUCAUAUUAGCUGUGGUGAGUGGAAAACUGCAAUUGCAACAUGUAGGCAUAAUUUCUUGUCCGAUAUAACGCUUAUUAAAGACAAUAAUAUGCAUUGAAAAGCUGUUCCAAGUACAAUUUGAACUUCAAAUAAAUGUAUAUUCUGUUUACGA